GUUUGUGGUCAUAUGAUGUUAUUAGCCAACACUCAGAAGCAGAAACGUCUCAGCUGAAUCCCUUACAUCACUCCCGGCGUUGAAAGCUGACACACCGCCAAACAUCAGAAUGUCGUAUGGGUCCAUCGAUGGAGGAUCCUUUGGCAGCCGAAACCCAUUUGGGGGCCCCACCAGGCAGGGCUAUCAGCCAGUAGCCACACAGGUCAGCCCUUCAGAACUGCAAGAUGUGUUUCAAGAAGCCUCCUCCAAUAUCUUCCAGAUCAACGGCAAUGUUGUCAUCUUGGAGAAAAAUCUUCAGUCACUGGGUACUUCCAGAGACACAACAGAUCUGCGACAGAGCCUACAUUCCACUCAGCAGCAGACCAACAAAGUCAUCACCAGCACAAGUCAUCUCAUCAAACAGCUCUCUGAUAUAAUCAGCGGGUCUUCACGGCAAGAUCGUCUACGUCUGACCAGACUGAAGACUGAACUCUCAGAUUCUGUGCAGCGCUACGGGGAUCUUCAGAAGAAAAUCGCAGAACGAUCAAGGGCCUUGCUCCCUCCAGCACAGAAAGACAAGAAGAAGAGUCCCCAGACUCCAUCCAGUGACCCGAACCAAGAGGACCCACUGUUUGCAGAAGCAGCAGAUGCUGAGGAAGGAGUCCAAGCUUUCCUGUCUGAGAUCAGUGAGGAGGAUGUGGAGGUGCUUCGUCAAAGAGAGGACGCUCUGCUUCAGAUAGAAAGAGACAUGCUGGAUGUCAGUCAAAUAAUGAAGGAACUAGCCAGUAUGGUCCAUGAACAAGGAGAUACAAUAGACAGUAUUGAAGACUACAUUCAGACCACAUCAUCGAACGUGGAAUCGGCCAAUCAGGAGCUUGCCAAGGCCAAUCAGUAUCAGAAAGCCUGUUUUGAGUCUCAGAUAAGAAGAUGAAUUGCUCUCUCCGUGCUUUGAAGCGCGUCAGGAUUUAAAGACUCCAGCCUCGUCUCUGGUCUAACGCCGCUGCUCUCGCUGCCUUUGUAGCAGAAAACAGGCUGAGAAAAAAUGGAAGAAAAAGCGUUUCAAAACAACAUAGAUUCUGUGCUCCAACACAUCGUCACCGCCCGAGGAGACAAGCAGCUAAGGAAAAUAUAGAAAUAUCCCCAUAACCCUGCUCUACGAUGUUUCCUACAAUUUUUCUGCACACCACAGCUAACAUGGCUUGUACUUUUCACCACAAGCUAAUUGACAUGAAAAUUUUAAUUUAAUUUGCUUUGUGAGACAAAUGGCUUGCCUAUUUAGAAGCUCAACUUUUCCCACUGCUGAUAAGACAUUAAAUGAAAAACAACUUUUAUUUUCAUGGUAAAAUUGUUGAAAAGUUUUUGUUUUUAUUUUUUCUGUUUUCAUCCCCUUUUCUUCAUAAAGUUAAAAAAAGUCAUUUACAAUCACUUGGAAACUAUGUAUACCAAUUCAAUGUUUUCUCAUUUUCACACCAGUAAACUUCAGUGUAUUUUAUAGGCAUUUUAUAUUAUUUACUAUCAUAGAAUUCAUAAUUGUAAAGUGAAAUGCAACACUUUAGCAAACACAUUCCUAAAAAGUGUGAUGUACAUUUUUAUUCAGUCUCCUUUACUCCUCUACCCUUAAAUUAAAUCCAUGUAACUAAUUACCUUCUAAACUAUGAAGGAGAAAAACGAAACAAAUAAAUACCGUAAACUGUUAAAAUACUACUUAAAUGUAACAUUUUAUAAAUAAAUGUACUACAAAGUAUAUUUAAUGUUAUAUAAAUAAAUUCAGGGAGCAUGAGACAUUGUUUUUCCACAUGGAGAAUUCAGGCUCCUCUGAGAAUCUUGGGAUGUUCUGGAGAAAAAUUGACACAUUGGUCGGACUCUGCCAUCAUCGACACACGGUCUUGCUGAAAAAUGAAAGCAACGCCAGAUGGAAAGAAAUCUUGUGACAUUGCAGAAGUUUUUUCAAACAAUGCUAUGGUGUGCUAUGGUCAAAGUUAAAGGUGGUCCAACCAAAUAUGAGAGCAUGUGAUUUUUUUGUGGCAACUUGUAUUUGACCAUGCUGAGUUUUUCUCGUUUUUCAGAGGACCAUCAGGCGUGAAUGGAAUAUGAAUGGCAGCCUUUUUCAGCUGGUGCUUGCUGGCUGCUUCUUUUCCGUUCAUACUGGAACACAUAUCUAGCUGCACUGCUGCUGAUGUUUACGAAGCACAGCUCUACAGAAAAACUGGGAUAGAAACUUCCAUCAUACUAUCCCAGUUGCAGCAAAUAGGUGAAACCAUGCACAUAUGUGUUUCUGUGUGUGACAGAGGGGCUGUCUGCCACACCAACUCAAAAUCUCUAUAAAAGCUGAGCAAAGUCAGCGCUCAUUUAUUGUGAUGCUUUAUUGAGUGUAUUUUCAGAUUUUUGUGUAUUUUUUCUUCAGGUUGACUUAAAAAGAAAAUUGUAUUUUCAUUACUCUAUUAUUUUUAUUUCCUUGCAGUUUUGACCCCAUGUAAAAGCAACCACCCUACCUACAUUACUUCUCUACAUCAAAUACCCCAUAAUCCUUGCUUUGCUUUAACUGUCACAUAUCCAAACAAAUACCACUAUAAAAUAUAUUGGACCUCCAUGGCUUAGCUGACAACCAGAUUCCCUAUGCUAUUGUAGGAAUGUAAUGUUAGAACUUUUACAUAUAUCCUCUUAAAAGAAAGAUGGUUAUUAUGCUCUCAUGGUGAAAUAUUCUUCUUUUGGU